AUGUCGGUUGCAAGCCGCAACAGAGGGGCCGGAAGGGUAUCCACCAUUAUGGAAGGAGAUGAGGAUGGUCGAGGAGAUGCAGUUCAGGUAUUCAGCGGAGGGUUGUUGGACGAGCAUUGGGAUAAGAAGGAGGUUCAGAAGCACUUGGAUAUGAUGAACUCGAAUAAUAUGUUCCUGCGUAUUGUUGGGCGAGAAUUUGAAGGAUACUGUGACCAGCAAGAAAAAUGGUACGGUACUUCAUAUGGCGUGGCAUCCGAGGAAGUUAAAAAGGAAAUAUUUGAUAGCUGGAGGACUAUGGAAAAGGAUCUAUCAGCGGCUGUGGAAGAUGCAACGAAAGGUGGUAUGGCUCUGCCGAGGAGGAAUCCAUUUAUCGCGGAAAGGCUUGAUGUCAAACUUGAGGAAGAAUAUCCGAAAGAUUUCUGGCCAGCACCGGAAGUUCUUUCUGACUGUGGUUCUAAUGUGAGAGUUUUCUUCAAGCAGGAUGGCCGCUUCCAUAUACCCAAGACUAACGUCUCACUGACACUAUUUGCGCCUUAUGCGUUGGAAUCCCAACGUCGUGCAUUGCAAGUUGCGGCCGCUGGUUUGUGUCGGACGGAGGAGCUCAAUGAGAUGUCCUACGAUGCAGAAUGCGCCGGAUUAGUGUAUCGAUUGGCUGGCAAUACUGAGGGUCUCCGGAUAUCCGUAUCGGGAUAUGACGAUAAGUUGGAGUUGCUGCUCAAUAGAGUGUGUCAGCGCCUCAGAGACGACAAGCCUAUUGACGAGGCUGUCUUUGAAAGGGUUAAAGAUCGCCUCUUGCAAGGGUUUCGUAAUACUAUCAACCAACGUCCUCCUUACCAACAUGCCAUGGAGUUGAUCAGAUCACUCACUACACGCCCUUACCAUCGUCUUACUACUUCGCUCGACAUCGCAUCGGAGUUUACGACUGCUGAUGUUAAUGGUGUUAUCAAGCAGCUGCUGUCGGAGGGAAUUGUCAUUGAAGGGCUCAUCGAGGGCAACACUCGGGCCGAUGAGGCGCGUGCAAUAGUGAAGGAAGCAACUGACAUGUUUAGUGUAGCUGGAAACGGGAAGCAGCCGAUAACACGGAGAGCGAUGGCGGACUUGAGCCAAGCACAAGAAGGAGUGGUGGUGGAUGGUCACAAGGAGUUCGUCAUCACUCGACCAGGUGCGAACAAGGAUGAGAAGAAUGGCGCGGUAGUGAUGACUCUGCAUCUUGGAUGGCAGAAAUCUCCCGGUGAUACAAGUCCUCAGGAAGAUGCCGAUGAUAUUCUCCUAAGCUGUCGAGGCAACGUCUUAUCCCAAAUACUGAGUCAAAUGUUCUUCGACUCAUUGAGAACUAAGCAACAGCUAGGGUGGGCGGGAGAGAAGUCGCCUAGUGACUCCAUCAGCUGUAGGCUGAACCCGUUGUUGAGUUCCAGCAACCUGCUCGGACAACCUAAUCCGCAGCCACUGACUGGCAGUCAUUACAUCGUCCAGUCCUCCCUGCAGAUCGUUGAGCGUGCGGUGAGCAUGUUGUUCUUGGUACAGUCUGAGGUUAGCGUCGUAGAAGUCCAGAAGCGCAUCGAGGAGUUCGUUGCCGAUAUCCCAGAGAAGAUAUCUUCCCUCACUAACGAUGAGUAUCGUGAUUACGUCCAGGCUGUUGUUGACAAUCUAAAGGAAACCCCCAAGAAGCAGGCGGACGAGUUCAACCGCCACAUGGUUGAGAUCUCAGCGAGACGGUUUGAUUUCGAGCGUCGCCCUCGGUUGAUCAAGGCCAUAGAAACCGAUCCCGAGAUAAGGGAUAAGCAGAAGAUGGUCGACUAUGCACGCACAGCAUUCUCCACGGGUCCUCGAGUUUGGGCUAGAGUCACUGGCUCGGCCGAGUCGCUCCCGGAUGAGCUCUCUGACGCCGAGGUUGAUUCAAUUCGUGAUAAGCAUACUUGGGUGGAAAGCAACAGUUACUUCUGA